CCCAAACCAGGGGUAAUCCGACUAUGCAGUCUGGUGUCUGGCAAAACUAGCGUGUGCCUGUGUUGACUGAAACGUCUAAAUGCGUUUGAUAAAUGGUGUAAUUGCGUGUAUUUGAGAGGGAUUGGACGCAGCAAUUCCUGCCCUGAUGACGAGUGGACAAGGGCCAGAUGGAAGGGGUGGUCUCUUCACGGCUGAGUGUACUGCUCACAUGAAUUCAGGGGGGUCCAGCGCAGGAAAGGAAAAAGACAGCGCAACGAUUUAGAAAACUGAUAGGUGGUCGAGUUCUGUUUGGCUAAUGUGGCAUUUACGCACAACCUGAGCUUUCUUUUACUGGCUUAUGAGGAGAAGCAGGGAGAUGGCUGCCGGCUGGGGGAUACAGCAGAACAUUCCCAAACACUGAAUCCCUUUCAGGCGGCCGGAAAAGAAGCAGCAGGAUACCAAUCGCCCAUGAACUGGGAGCUGCCCGGCACACUAGCUACUUCCAUGAGCCCAGCGCUUAGUGGCAGUUAUGUGGACUUGUGGCAACUCCAGCAGUGGCUGCCUUCUGCGCCCUUAGUGCCAAUCUCCCUCCUCAGUCCUUGGACUUGAUCUUUGGGGCCGAUGUUCAGGCAGAUAGGGCUACAGUCUCCAAGAAGCCUCGACUGGAGGAGUAGGAAGCCCUAGCUAGCAGCAGUUUCUCCUGUAUAGCUGUGUUCCAGUUUGUAUGUAGGCGAUAUUCCUGCGACUCCCAGAUGAGCGCGGAGAACCCGAGCCAGCGCUUAGAUCGUUCAGCUGCUGCUAUCAGAAGCAACCCCGCCGCAGGGACUGUACAGAGCGCGCUGAUGAGCCAGCAACCCGCAGCCAUGGACUCCACCUCCUCCUCUUCUUCGUCGAAGAAUAAGAAGCCAAAUUCAGGGCUCCGGCGCCCUGAAAAGCCCCCUUAUUCCUAUAUCGCCCUGAUAGUCAUGGCGAUCCAGAGCUCUCCUACCAAAAGACUCACCCUCAGUGAGAUCUACCAGUUCCUGCAGGCCCGAUUCCCCUUCUUCAGGGGCUCCUAUCAGGGCUGGAAGAACUCUGUGCGCCACAACCUUUCCCUAAACGAGUGCUUUAUUAAGCUGCCCAAGGGGCUUGGCAGACCGGGCAAAGGCCACUACUGGACCAUUGACCCCGCCAGUGAGUUCAUGUUUGAGGAGGGCUCUUUCCGCCGCAGACCCAGAGGCUUUAGAAGAAAAUGUCAAGCCCUAAAACCCAUGUACAGAAUGAUGAACGGCAUUGGCUUCAGCACUUCCAUCUUGCCCCAAGGCUUUGAUUUCCAGGCCCCACCUGCAUCCCUGGCCUGUCACAGUAAUGGCUACAACCUGGACAUGAUGUCAAACUCUAUGGCUGCUGGUUACGAUGGUUUAGCUGGGGGGCACCAUGUGCCACACAUGUCUCCCAAUCCUGGCUCUACCUACAUGGCCAGCUGUCCUGUGUCUUCCACUGGGGAGUAUGGCCCAGACAGUAGCAGCAGCCCAGUGCCCUCUUCCCCUGCCAUGGCCAGUGCUAUGGAAUGCCAUUCUCCUUACACAAGCCCCACGGCUCACUGGGCAUCCUCAGGUGCAUCUUCUUACCUGAAGCAACAGGCCAUGCCCCCCAGCAACGCCGCCUCUGCUGCUGGCAUCCAUUCUGGCGUCUCGCCCUACUCCCUAGAACAGAGUUACCUCCACCAGAACCCCCGGGAGGAUCUAUCAGUGGGACUGCCCCGGUACCAACACCACUCCUCUCCAGUGUGCGACAGGAAAGAUUUCGUCCUUAAUUUUAACGGGAUUUCUUCUUUCCACCCAUCUGCCGCUAGUUCUUAUUAUCACCAUCAUCAUCAUCAUCAAAGCGUUUGCCAGGAUAUAAAGCCCUGUGUGAUGUGAAAAGCCGGGGAGCAGCCAACACAAUACACUGCGCGCUCAAAGGCGGAAGUUCCGCGCUGUCCACAUCGCGCACACAACGAGACACAGCGCUCUUCAUUUGCAAUGUACUCUCUCCUGGCCAUUCACUACACGCAGGACUGCUCAGCUAACGUGGGGAUAAUAAUACUAGGUAUGUUUACAGUUGGCCAAUUCUGUAAGCCGGUGGCAGAGAAACUCUAUGUACCAUGCCUAAUAAAACUGUGCAUAUCAUCUUGUUGCUAUACUACCAAUCCCAGGAUCCUUUGUCAGCCUGGUACUGUAAUACAGCAAUUCAUUCAUGAGUGGAGUUCACCAUAAUAUUGUUUGUUAUUUUUUUAACGGUCUGUGUUAUCGUUUGGACUUUAUUUUUUUUUUUAUCAAGUUAAAUAGGUUUUGUGAUUUUGUUGGAGGGCCUGACCCAGUCACACUUUGUUUUACAUUGGUAAAUGUAUGAAGCUGUAGUAUAAGAAAAAGCAUGUCAUGUAUUUAUGUGGCAAAACUGCACUUAUAGGUUGAAUCUCUCCCUUUCAUCCUGCAUAUAAUACAUGUUAAUGAGGAAUUUAGAAAGCCCACAACAAAGCCAUCCCUUCAGGAUUCUACUCAACACCUUGGGGGAAAGUCAGAGAAAUGUCUGCUUAGGCCUGGUGGGAUCCCAUGGGGGUCUACUACUAUUUCUAUAGUUCUACGUAGGGCCACAGAGCACUUUUAGGACAUUACACCUCUUGUCUAUUGAUUUUCAGUCUUUGAAUUUAGAGCCUAUUAGUUCCAUUUUAAAAGAUGCAUUACACUUUAAUAUCAUUUAGUGUGUGUUAUAAAUGAUCGGCAUGUUAUUUCCGACAACAUGUUGUCCAUAUAGUUAGGACCUCCUCAUAUUGCUUUGUCCACUCAGCAACAGAAAGUCUACGAGUUCCUCAAAUCCAAUCAAUCUACGCUUCACAUUAAAGGGAUACUGUCAUGGGAAAACAUGUUUUUUUCAAAAUGCAUCAGUUAAUAGUGCUGUUCCUGGAGACUUUUGCACUGAAAUUCAUU